AGACUGUCAGAGCCCGCUGCUCGCCCGCCCGCCCGUGCCUCCGAGCCCGCGGGGGACUUCACCUGGUCCUCGGCACGGCUGCCUCCCACCCGUCGCCAACCCUGAAAAGUAUUCUCCACCUCCGAAGAGGACCUUUGACUCUCUGGGGUGCUGAUUCCGAGGCAUUAAAGGGCAAAGAAGAGAUACUCCCCAAGAAGUAAAACAUGACUAAAAGCAACGGAGAAGAGCCCAAGACGGGGGGCAGGAUGGAGAGGCUGCAGCAAGGAGUCCGAAAGCGCACGCUCUUGGCCAAGAAGAAAGUGCAAAACAUCACAAAGGAGGAUGUGAAAAGUUGCCUGUUUCGGAAUGCUUUUGUGCUGCUCACGGUCACGGCUGUCAUUGUGGGUACCAUCCUUGGAUUUACUCUGCGGCCCUACAAAAUGAGCUACCGGGAGGUCAAGUACUUCGCCUUUCCUGGGGAACUUCUGAUGAGGAUGUUGCAGAUGCUGGUGCUGCCUCUCAUCAUCUCCAGUCUUGUCACAGGAAUGGCGGCCCUAGAUAGUAAGGCAUCAGGGAAGAUGGGAAUGCGAGCUGUAGUCUAUUACAUGACUACGACCAUCAUUGCUGUGAUAAUUGGCAUAAUCGUUGUCGUCAUCAUCCAUCCUGGGAAAGGCACAAAGGAAAACAUGCACAGAGAAGGCAAAAUUGUACAAGUGACGGCUGCAGACGCCUUCCUGGAUUUGAUCAGGAACAUGUUCCCUCCAAACCUGGUGGAAGCCUGCUUUAAACAGUUCAAAACCAACUACGAGAAGCGGAGCUUUAAAGUUCCCAUCGAGCCCAAUGACACGCUGGUGGGAGCUGUGAUAAGCAAUGUGUCGGAGGCCAUGGAGACGCUCACUCGCAUCAAAGAAGAGCUGGUCCCCGUUCCAGGGUCUGUGAACGGAGUCAACGCCCUGGGGCUGGUUGUCUUCUCCAUGUGCUUCGGCUUUGUGAUCGGCAACAUGAAGGAGCAGGGGCAGGCCCUGAAGGAAUUCUUCGACUGCCUCAAUGAAGCCAUCAUGAGACUGGUCGCUGUGAUCAUGUGGUACGCCCCUCUGGGUAUCCUCUUCCUGAUUGCAGGGAAAAUUGUGGAGAUGGAAGACAUGGGAGUGAUCGGGGGGCAGCUUGCCAUGUACACGGUGACGGUCAUCAUCGGCUUACUCAUUCAUGCAGUCGUGGUCCUGCCCCUUCUCUACUUCUUGGUCACCCGCAAAAACCCCUGGGUUUUUAUCGGAGGCUUGCUGCAGGCGCUCAUCACCGCUCUGGGAACCUCCUCAAGCUCCGCCACCCUGCCCAUCACCUUCAAGUGCCUGGAGGAGAACAUCGGCGUGGACAAGCGCGUCACCAGAUUUGUGCUCCCCGUGGGGGCCACCAUUAACAUGGACGGCACUGCCCUCUAUGAGGCCUUGGCUGCCAUUUUCAUCGCUCAGGUCAACAACUUUGAGCUGAACUUUGGACAGAUUAUCACCAUCAGCAUCACCGCCACCGCUGCCAGCAUUGGGGCUGCAGGGAUCCCUCAGGCCGGCCUGGUCACCAUGGUCAUCGUGCUGACCUCGGUGGGGCUGCCCACGGACGACAUCACGCUCAUCAUCGCCGUGGACUGGUUCCUAGACCGCCUCCGGACCACCACCAACGUGCUGGGCGACUCCCUUGGAGCUGGGAUUGUGGAGCACCUGUCUCGACAUGAACUGAAGAACCGGGAUGUGGAAAUGGGUAACUCGGUGAUUGAGGAGAAUGCAAUGAAGAAACCCUAUCAGCUGAUUGCCCAGGAGCACGAGCAUGAGAAACCGCUGGACAGUGAGACCAAGAUGUAGACUAACAGGAAGAAAGGCUUUCUUGAGCACGAGGGAUUCGCAACCGAUAUGAUGCUUCCAGCCCAUGACAACCCCUUUUCUCCAGUAAGCCCCUGAGCUCGGUUUCCCCCAGCCCCUUACUCGUGGCAGUAUUGGAAGUAUGACUCCAAAAAGAAGGGAGAAUUGUGCAGUGGCCAAAGGGUCUGGCUUUUAUCCCUCACUUCCAAACCAUUUCGGUUCUUACCUCUAAGAUACGUGAGGUUAAAAACAUUCAUGAUCAGCUAUUACACCCUGACAUGGCACUGUAAAUGUGAACUUGGGUUUGUUUCAAAGUUAUAGAGUCAAACAAAAAGUGAGCCAAAGGCAUUAAAUCAAAUUUGAACAUUUAAAAGCCCUUCAGAACACAAUGAGUUUGAAUCUCAAACAUGAGCAUACUCUCAAAUUAGUGAUCAGUUGCACGGUAGAGUUUGGGGGUUCCCCCCCUUUUUUUAAUCUGACUUGGGUCCUUAUUGUCUGAGUCACAGGAAUGGACAUGUAGACCUAGCACAGUGUGAGAAGAGGCAUACAGUGACGUUGCCAUGUGGCCUUGAACAAGCCCCGGUUUUUCUCUAGGACGCAGUGUCUUUCAAGUGUAAAAUGAGUGAGUUCCCUUGACGGUUUCUUUUAGCACCAACAUCCGGACACCAUCGAAGGCCUGCCCUCCAUUUUCCCUUGGGACAGCCUGGACCAAGUAUCCUUCCUCCAGACAUAGGGAAAGGACGUUUAGUUGAGAGUGAACAUGGUGGGGAACCUGUGCAGCUCACCAGGUCCCUGUCCAAAAUACCACUUAUGUCAGCCCCCAGGGAGGAGGCCGUUCAUUCCAGGAGUGGAGGGACUGCCCAAUUCUUCCCACCAUACGCACGCCCUUCUUUUCAACUUUCCCCAAAAAGAAGGGCCUGCUCUGGGGAGGCAGUGUCACAUACACCUGACUGGAGACUUUUAGAAAAUAAAACGUUAAGAUUAGCAGCUAGCAGGAUGUGCGUGGUCUUAAUAUGGAUCACUAAAGAGCUAGUGGGGAAGGAAAGGAGACUAGGUGAGGUUAAAAAGAGGUGGGGGGGUGUUCCUUAGAAUAUCUGUGUUUUAACCAAGAACCCUCUUCUCUCCAGUUUAAACUCAUUCCCUCUGGCAGUGUGCAUAUCGAAACAUGAGGUCACGCCCUAGAUAUGUGAAGGAAAUUGAAUGAGCUCUCUCAUGGGGGUCCGUGAACUGGAUGGGUGGUCUCUUCUUUGAAAAAAAAAUUUUUUUUUUCUUUAGAAACAAGGUAUUUCUUUGUGUUGGAAUUCCAUGUACCAAAUGAUUCCUAAGCCCCUGCGGGAGUGGGCUUGUGGUAAUUGUGUUUUGUCUGUUCCCUGAGUGAGGUGGUAGACGAGGAAUUGGUAUGAAGUAGGCACUGUCAAGGAAUUUCAUUGCAAGUGAAAGCAAGCGGCUUGGGGGGAGGGCAUUCAUUUCUAGCCAGCAGCUCCCAGGUUUAGAGGAGAUUAAUUUUUACCCCCUAAGGAAUAGCCUCGCCCACGGGGUCAAGUGGAAGCUGUUGGACACCACCAGCUGUGUUUAAGUUUGUGACCAAGAAACAAUGACACAUGGGCUUAAUUAUGCUAACAGACUGGAAACCUAGGCAUACAUUCUCUGAUAGACAACUAGAGAUCGUUUUAUAUAGCUCCCAAGCCUUCUGCGCGUCUAAGAGCUAACAUUAGAGAGUGGUGGGAGUCACCAUUUACUGUUGAGGCUCUUUGCUCUGGGCGCUACAAAAGUCCAUGCACGUGCCUGGCAUUUUAUGACGCCAAUCGAGCAAAAUUAAUCGUGGCGAAUUAACUCGUUUACACAGUGUGAUCUUUUUUAUACUAACGUGCCAGGUCCUCUAGGUGUGAUUCUCUCAGCCGCCCACCACAGGCUCUGCACAGUCGCGCAUCCCGGGUGUGGACUGAGAAACAUUACCGUGUAGAUGUAUUUUCAAUAAAGAAAAGAAAUAGUUUUACAUUA